GCAAACUUUGACUUCGACUUCGAGAUGGAUCCGUCGAGAUAAUCCAGCAUUUCCAACCAGCAUCGAUAUCCGCAAUCUUUCACGCAUCUCUUCCUCACCCGAGUCACUCGCUCCAGUCACCAGUCAUCAGUCACCGCCAUGCUGUCCAUCUACGUCCUCUCCAUAUGCCUCCCGGCACUGGCCACUGCCAGAACAUCCACCAAGCGCGGCCUGAUCUUCACCCCCAACAGCAACUGGCCCAAAGACGACCUGAUCUGGAUCACCGGUCCCAACAACCUAACCUGGUACCACAACUACCAAUCUCUUCCGUCUCCCGAGUCCAACUAUGCCGCCCUUUCUCAAAAGCAGAUCCAAUUUGUGCCGACGAUGUGGGGAGGCAACGAGAACGACACCGACUUUCUAGGGAAUGUGACUGCUUUGAUGGGGGUUGAUCUCAGCAAAGAUGAGGACAAUGGGAAGGGCGACGGGAACGGGGAUGGUAAAGGGAAGGACAAAACCAAGCGAGCAGGAGACAAGCGAAACAUAACCCAUAUCAUGACCUUCAACAAACCCGACCAACCCUUCGACGUCGGCGGCAGCGAAAUGGAGCCCCGAACGGCCGCCAAAGCGUGGAUCAAGAACAUCAUACCACUCCGACGAUUGGGAGUCAAAGUCGGACUACCGCUCGUCAAUGAGCCGCACAAGGGAGGAAAGAAACGAGACGGGGAAGAGGGAUCAUGGCUGGACAUGUUCUUCGCCAACUGUUCUGGGCUUCUGGACAAGCUGGAGGACGCAAGAGAGAAAACGUGUGGGUUCGACUUUGUGCCGGUCUAUUCUCUUGGGGACUUUGAGAUGUUGAAGGAGAGGGUAGGGAUGUUUGAGGAUGCCUUCCCCGGCCUCGACAUCUGGAUCACCGAAUUCGGCCUUCCCUCCGAGACCCUCAAGAACACGCAAGAGUUCUACAACCAAUCCAUCCCUUACCUCGACAGCAAGGGGAGUGUCAAGCGGUACGCCUGGUUCGGCGCCUUUCGAAGUAUCGUAUCAAACGUCGGACCCAAUCAAGCUUUCCUGGAUCCAUACGGAGAGUUGACGGAUAUUGGGUCGUGGUAUCUUGGUGGAAACGCAACGGGAAGAGAGGCCCUGCCGAGCGAUGACUACAUGGGGGAGGAUGAUAAGUGCACAAAGGAGAAGCCGUGUGAAGGGGAGGAGAAUGGGGAGGGAACAUUGCGGCCCGGCAGGCUGAUUGUUCUUUUGUUCUUCUUCAUGGCGGUGUUGGUAUAAUCAGCUCUUGGGGUAAUUCAGCGCAUCUGUUCAACGCUCACGCUCACUGCGGCCCGGUCCCUUCCCG